CAUUAAACUCGCCAAUACAUCGACAAAAUGGCCGCCCGUGGACGCGCUGGAGCAUCCGGUAACAAGCUCAAGAUGACCUUGGGUUUGCCCGUUGGUGCCGUCAUGAACUGUGCGGAUAACUCUGGAGCCCGCAACUUGUACAUCAUCUCCGUCAAGGGAAUCGGUGCCCGUCUUAACAGGCUGCCCGCCGCCGGUGUUGGUGACAUGGUCAUGGCCACCGUCAAGAAGGGAAAGCCCGAGCUCAGGAAGAAGGUCAUGCCCGCCGUCGUCGUCCGACAGAGCAAACCUUGGAGGCGAGGUGACGGUAUCUUCCUCUACUUCGAGGACAACGCAGGUGUCAUCGUCAACCCCAAGGGUGAGAUGAAGGGCUCUGCCAUCACUGGCCCCGUCGGAAAGGAGGCUGCUGAGCUCUGGCCGCGUAUUGCCAGCAACUCUGGUGUUGUGAUGUGAGGUGGUCUUUUUCCUGCUCUUCUCCAAUUUUACGGCUGGCUUGGUUGGGAACCGGCG